GGGGCUAAAGUAAGAGUUUUGGCGUAGAUUUACUACCUCAUCCGGACGAUUUUCCUUUCAAGAAUUUCACUCCAAAGGACAAGCAUUUGAUAUUAGAGCGAGGAAACAAGUUGCAUUCAAGUGCAAAAAGAGCUUGGGAGUCACUUGGCAUCGGUUUGCAGGUUGCAUGGUAGUCUGGACUUGAUGCAUGGCAGUUGCAUGACCGCAGUAGGUCUUGUUGUGGGACUGAGAGUGCAGAGCUGCAGCCAUGGCUCAAACCAUUCAUAUGAACGGCAAUGGCCCAGAAAAAGGACAAAAAUGCCCCAGCACAGGAGACGAGAAGGAUGCUGUGGCCCCCUACUAUGUUGAAACUCCCUAUGGCUAUCAGCUAGACCUGGACUUCCUCAAAUAUGUUGAUGACAUUGAGAGGGGCAACACCAUCAAGAAGCUGAGUAUUCAGAGGAAGCCCAAACUGGCCAAACACUUGUCGGUGCCUCGGGGUAGCACUGGCGGGGGCACUACUCAGGCUGAAUGGACCUCCACAGACUCCUUGUCCUCCUCCAACAGCGACGGGAAGCAGUCCCCAGUCUUCUUCAGCUCCAGGUCCCAUGCGUCCGCACCACUGACCCCCACCCUCCCCAGGGCAGCCUCUGAGCCCCCCCUGCAGCAAUCCUACCUGAGCAUAACAGAGCAAAAACAGCUCUUGCCACCUCCUUCGCCAAGGUUCACCCCUCGUCACAACCCACAAGUGGAGAGGACCCUCAUGGAGACACGUCUUAGACUUGAACAGGAGCGUCUGCUCAUGCAGCAGCACAGCGAGCCUCCGAUGCCUCGCCGCCGCCUCGCCAGCUUUGGAGGCAUGGGCUCCAGCAGCUCACUCUCGUCUUACUCGGGCUCCAUGGCCCCAAGCCAGAUCUCCCCCAGCACCCAUCAUCCUCUUCCCAUCAACGGCCACCCAAAUGGAGAGUAUAACCCUUACUACCCGCCAUCCAUGGGCAGCUCCAUCCGCCACAGCCCCAUGAGCUCCGGCAUGGCCACACCUGUCACAAACGUCAGCCCCUUACACCUUCAACAAAUCCGGGAGCAGAUGGUUGUGGCCCUUAAGAAGCUGAAAGAGUUAGAGGGGCAGGUGAAAACCAUUCCUAUCUUGCAAGUAAAGAUUGCUGUUCUCCAAGAAGAGAAAAGACAAUUGGCUGCUCAGUCAAAAAAUCAAGGUCCUGGUGCCUUCCGCAAACGCUCUUUCAGUGUAGGCAGCGCUGACCAAAUGGAGAAUCAAGCCCACAUCCAAAAAGAAACAGAGCUGCACAUUAUGGAGCCCGAAGCCCAAGAACAGAGCACUCAGCGGCUUGAGGAGUUUAGACGUCUGGCCGCUGAGGUCCAAGCUCUGGAGAAGACCACGCUGGACAAUAAUGUUAACGAAAUUCAGCCUCAUAAGAUCACGCAAAACCAGGCCCAUCAAAAAUCCAUUGGAAUUGUCACUGAUGAGAACAUGAACAACCUUCCUAUCGCUCAGAGGAAGUUGACCAAUGAACGACUUUUCCAGGACGCAGGAGUUGCAACGGAUCAACAGGAAGUGCGCAACGCAUCAGUUGGCGUGACCGAGGCCAUGCUGGGUAUGACGACUGAGGCCGAGAAGGAGAUUGAGCUCCAGCAGCAGACCAUCGAAGCCCUGAAAGAGAAGAUCUAUCGCUUGGAGGUGCAGCUCAAAGAAAGCACUCACCAAAUUGAGAUGGGGAAGCUGAAGCUUGAGCUCCAAGCUGCUGGUGGAUCAAACAAGAAAAAGGCAGACAAAGGUGUGAUGGCCAGGCCGGAGACGUACAACGCCUGCGUGGAGGCCAAAAUCGUGACGCGCAGCCAGGGAGUGGGAGACCAUCUGGAAUUUAACACGGCUAAAACCCCUCAAAGCCACACCAUAGGAGUGUCCUGUCAACCCUGUGUGCAGAGUGUGUCCUCAGGCCCGGAUAUCCCGAUGGACCGGUGGGUGGUGAAUGAGCGCGUGGAGGUACGUGAUCAGUGUGUAGGUCGACAAUUGGAGAUGUGCCACAAGCAAGUAGGCACAGAGAUGAAUGUUUGCGAGGUUGGAAUUAACACAGAGGAAUCAGUUGACAGCUUGGCUCUCUGCAAACCCAUGACGGAGCUGAGUAAAGAGUCGAGAACAAUCGGCUGUGGAGAUUGUUCUGUGGACGUAGUAGUGAGUCCUAUAAAGACACUAGUGACGCAAGGAACUGAUCCAGAUGUUGUCCGUAAAGUGGACGCUUGUGUCAUGGUUGCUCCUGAGUCAGCGACUCAACAGACAAAUACUGAGACUGAAGUAGCGUGCAAAUCAACCAAUACAAAGACAGUUGUCCUGACUGACUCUUUCACAGAUAUGUCAUUGGUCACUUGUGACAAGCAAACCAACACGGCUGUGAAUGAAACCAGGACAGUUGCUGCAGGAGAAGGACUUGUCAAAGACGUUCACCCAACAGCAAAGACUCGUUCGGUUGCUGUUGGAACCUCCACUGAUGCGGAGUCGUUCCUUGGCAUAUCAAGCUCUACUAAAACCAAAGAAUGUGGGGUGGGGCCAGUUAGCAUCCAAGAGAACUUCUUGGUUGGAUUAAAAACCAGGAACAUAGCAUGCGGCCCCUCCCAGGCCGCUGAAUCUGUCAUGAGCUGCAGCAAAAAGACAGUGGAGACCACAACCAAGACAGAGACCGCACAAACGCAAGUUCAGGACCAGGGGGAAGCCGGACUUGACCAUUACAUUGAAAGGGUUCAGAAGCUGCUGCAGGAGCAACAAAUGCUGUUGGCAGAGAACUACAGCGAGCUCGCUGAGGCCUUUGGCCAACCUCAGACCCAGUUUGGUUCCAUCAACAGUCAGCUGGUCAGCACGCUUUCGUCUAUCAACUCUGUCAUGAAGUACGGGAGUGUGGAGGACAUCCUGAAGCUGCAGUCAGAUGCUGUGAACUCAAACAAAGAGAGCACUCAGCAGCUCUGCGUCCAGUCACUGUCUGCUCAGAUGGAUCGCUCACAGAUGGAGAAGAUUUCAUUGGGCCUGACAUCCUCAGAAAUACCUGCCAACACACCUGCACAGCAGCAGAUCAGUGCCGCGGAGCAGAAGAGCCGAAUGGACCUGCAGAUGUCUACAGCCCUACACGGGCAGCCGUGCAGCCAGAGCACCCUGAAAUCCAUCAUGAAGAAGAAAGAUGGCCGAGCGGACUCCAACGGCACCAAGAAGAACCUGCAGUUUGUCGGCGUGAAUGGAGGGUAUGAGACAACAUCGAGCGACGACUCCAGCUCAGAGGACAGCAGCUCCUCUGGGUCAGAAGAAGAGGAAGAGGAUGAGGAGAAGGAGGAGUACAGAGGAAAGGAGGGAUAUAAGAAUGUGGGUGGAGGGAGCAGCGGGGAGGAGUUCCUGCCUGAAGGAGAAGAGGACGUGGAUAAAAAGGACGAGGAGGAAAGUUCAGAAAAGCAGGAGAAGAGAGAGAGGUAUGAACUGAGUGAGAAGAUGUUGGCUGCCUGCAAUGUUCUCAAGAAUCACCUCAGUGACCCCAAAGCUGUGAGCAGUAAAGAUGUGAGAGCCUGCCUGAACACGGUGCAGCACGAGUGGUUCCGUGUGUCCAGUCAGAAAGCAGCAUCAGCAGGCAUGGUGGAAGACUACCUGGGAGGAUUCGGGGCCAUUUCACCCGCUGUGCUGCGCCACAUCGUCAACAUGGCCGAUGGAAACGGGAACACGGCGCUGCACUACAGCGUGUCGCACUCCAACUUCAAGGUGGUGAAGAAGCUGCUGGAUGCAGAUGUGUGUAAUGUGAACCAGCAGAACAAGGCAGGAUACACACCCAUCAUGCUGGCAGCGCUGGCCGCAGUGGAGACUCCCAAGGACAUGCACAUUGUGGAGGAGCUCUUCAGUAAAGGCAACGUGAACGCUCGAGCCAGCCAGGCUGGUCAGACGGGGCUGAUGCUGGCGGUCAGUCACGGCAGGAUGGACAUGGUUCGGGCUCUGCUUGCUCACAAUGCCGACGUCAACGUCCAGGAUGACGAGGGCUCCACGGCGCUUAUGUGUGCCAGUGAACACGGACACGUGGAGAUCGUCAAACUGCUGCUGGCUCAGCCGGUCUGCGACGCCACGCUGAGUGACAGCGAUGAAAGUAACGCUCUGUCCAUCGCUCUGGAAGCAGGACACAAGGACAUUGCAGUGUUGCUUUAUGCACACGUCAACUUCUCCAAAGCCCAGUCACCGGGGACCCCUCGACUUGGCAGGAAGACGUCACCAAGUCCCACACGGAGGAGUAUGUUCGAUUAGAGGCCCCGCCUCUCCCUACAAACACUGUGCUGCUAUUGGUUCACGCUGAACGAAGCCUUACCCCAAGAUGGAUGAGGGACUUAAUCCCAAACAACCAACCAAUGAAUAUUCUGGAAAUGUAUUUUUUUUUUUAUGUGCACACGAGAGCCCAAAGUACCCUUUUAACAUGAUUGUAACCAGCUGGUGCCUCAAGUCCAAUCACUUUCUGUUUAUCAGCAAACCAACAUGGACAAAAAUUCAAUAACAGAACAACGUUUUUCCUUUAAGUUUUCUUUUUGUCUUUUUUGUUGUUGUAAAUUGACAACCUUUUUUUUAUUCCUAAAGCUCAAUGUUGAUCAUUCAAGAGCACCAAAACAUCUUCAUUUGUGAAUUAUUGUUCUUUCUUUUUGGAGCAUAUCAGAGAAGACUGAUGGAGAAUAAUCCAUCCACAUGAUAGAGGAAGUAUUUCCUGUAAAAUGUAUCGCUCACCUCAGUCUCGCACUCAGCACAUGUACAACUCAUGUGGAUGAGUCCAUCAAAGAGUAGACGUGGUGACCUAGACUGGAGAAAUUGUACUUUUAUAAAAAUCCUUUGUAUCUAUUUAAAAAGAAGAAUCACAGUAUUUUGAAUAUUUCUUAUUACUACAUAACAACCCAUGAAGUUAUAUAUUUAUCAAAGUAUAGUUUUUAAUGCAGAUAUAUGUAUUUCAUUGUACAUACGGUGGUCAGUAGAGUUUAGUCUUUCUCCUUUGUGUCUGUCUCUCGUGUGUAAAAUAAACCGUCUGUUCUCUAGUGCUCAUCAAGGUGCUGACUUUCAUCCUCCAAUGAGAAUUGAAGUGCCUGAGACUUUGCCAUAUAACAAUAAACUUUCAUUAAAGAUAUAAAUAUACGUCCUUAUUGAUGUUUUAUAUAAA